AUGCCAAAGAAUACGAGACGAGGAAAGGGCGGUCAUUCGUACCGCGCGGGUCCUUACGAAAGGCCGCAGGACGAGAGUGGUGGUCGUGGACGCGGUGGAGGACCCGGCCGAGGAGGCGAUCGAGGCCGUGGUCGUGGGGCACUCAACGCCAACUCUGGUGGUCUUUGUGGAGGCUACUCAUCAUUCCAGGGUGGCGUCCAGGUUUAUGGGGGUCAGGGUUACGGCUCUGGUUAUGGUGGUCGUGGAGGCUAUGCCCCAUACCCGGCUGGAGGUCGCGGUCGUGGAGCUUGGGCUGGAGGUCACGGUCCUGUUGGCUUCCACCCAUCUCAAGGAAGUGGUGGGGGUCCUGGAGCUGGACCUGGAUGGCCCAACUUCUAUGGAGACCCUGGUCGUGCUGCUGGCCCAGCAUUUUGGGCUGGUGGUGCAAUUGGCCAGGGCUUUUAUGCAGCCGGGGGAUAUGAUACCUAUGGCCGGGAAGAAGGCUAUUCCCACUUUUACAACUCUCAACAGUGGUAUCCCCGACGGGAUGAGGAGGAUGGCUAUGUUCAUCAAGGAAAUGAACAGGAGGCUCCCAGCUACGACGCCCGGGAGAAUGAGGAUAUGGCCGAAGAGGCUCAGUCUGCGAGUCACGAGGUCACUCGCAUUUGGGAUAUGUCAGUUGUUCCCCAUGGUGAAGGCUUCUGCAUGUACAACUCGCAGGCCGGGGGCAAGCAGGAAAAUAUCGUGGGUACGCUCUCCAUUAGGGGGGAAAUUUUCUGGGUGGCCUGUCUCGAUGGAUCGGACGAGUCGGUGGCGAAUCUACACCAGAUGCUGCCUUCUGGGCCCAAAACAGUCUCGGUUUUUGCUCACGGGCCAAAGGACAUCCUUUCUCAGGAAGAAUUGUCGAAAGUCAAGUUCGACGUCAACUCCAUGAACGACCGCCUGAAGGAUUGGCUCCCGGAGGGGAGGCCAGUCAGGACACAUUCGUUGCUGGGGCCAGGCUGUACAAGGGUCUCCAGGGCCAUAUAG